AUAAGUAUUAUUAGUAAUCGAUAUCAAGUGUUAUUUUUAUAUUUUUGUAAUUUGUUAUUUUAUUCAUAUUUUUCAAAAAUUUAUAUUUUGAAUUUUAUACACAAUGGUAGAAGAAGUAGUUAAUUCUACUAAUAAACCAAAGAACAAAACUGCUAGACCCCGUCCAGUUUAUUUAUGGAAUGUAUUAGAUGUACAAAAAUGGUUGAGAAGGCAUUGUAGUGAUUACUAUCAAUUAUAUCAUGAAAAGUUUUUAUAUCACGAUAUCACUGGAAGAGUUUUAUUAAGGAUAAAUGAAAAUAUUUUAUUGAGACUUGGAAUUGACAAUGAGCAACAUAGAUUGGAUAUUUGGCGGGAAAUAAUGAAAUUACAUCUUAAAACAGACAUGUUAGAAAUUAAAGAUAUUGAACGACGUAAUAAUAUGAACUUUGAUUAAUAUUUUACAAUUGACUCAAAUAUAAGCAAUGUUUAAUAAAAUGGAAAUUUAUUUUUUAAAAUGAUAAAUUUUAUAUCAAAUAAUCUUUUGUAUUUUUUAUUGUUAGUAUUUUAAUAUUUUAAUUUUUUAAAAUACAAAUAUAAUAAUGUAAAAUAUAAUAAUGUAUCUUUAUAAAUAUUUAUAAUGAAACAUUUAUAAUAAAUAUUUAUAGCAAAUAAAACAUUUGAUGUUUUAGAUA